AUGGAAGGAAUUAUCGCAGGAUACAAUUUAUACAUUGAGUGUCGGAAAUCUUACUUUGAUCGAACUAUCCUAUCGCUGGAACAGUAUAAACAAUUCCUGUUGUCCUCAGCUUCCAAGGCGCGACAGGAUCUGCUGCUACACAUCGUUGAUUACUCCAAGGCGGGGUACAAUACUUUGCUGCUUUGCGAACUUGCAGCACUAUGUCCAUUCUAUCUUCCCUCCGCUUUGAAGGAUAUACAGGAGACACAGCAAGAUUUGACACUCUGGCUUGGAGCAACACAUAACGGUAACUUAAACCGACAGACAUAUGCUACCUUAUUCCGUAUGCUCCGUCUAUUGUUGCCAAAGUCUCAGUCACACCUGUUGAACCUCCUUGAUGCGCAGAUGUCGAUGCUCCAAUGCCGCAUCAGUCGCUUAGAUUUUACUCUGCCACUGCUGAUGACAACGCGUAUAUUGACACAGCAACUAUUGGAAGAGAACCCAUGGCACCCUAUGAUCGGCAAUCUCCAUAUUAUGGAUUUUGAAAUAUCGAGAAGGCCUCUGUCUUUAGGGAGGUUCGAGAGAUUUUGCAUCGUACUUCACAGUCUUAUGGCUGAUAUUGUUCCUACCAACCAGACUAUUCCAAUAUCACUUGGCAGGACUUUCGAAAUGAGCGGCACAUGGCAUCCACGCCAGCUAGAGGCUGCGCAUGGAGUGUUGCAAUGGACUGAAAAGCAUACUGCUUGGUUUACAUGCCUCCCACAAAUUCCAACGGAUCUUGCCCAAUUUCGACAGCACCUUGCUUCAUGUAACACCAUAUAUGUUCGAAAUAUCUUGAUUUCUCUUAAAACUACUGAGAGAUUUUUACCAACGCAGUGGCUCCUGUCACUGUAUGCAUUAGCUGCUCUGUGUCCGCCAUGGCUUUUGACAGCCGGGGUUGAAGGGGAUCUUAUUCUUCUCGUUCACGCUUUUCACACAUGUCAAAUGACUCCAACAAGUUUCAAGGCACUCCAUCAACUGCUGAGCAUCACAUCUUUUAAUAAUCAGCCACCAGAGCUCGCGCAUGAUCUGGAAAUUAUCCAAACGAGGAUACAGUGGUCACCAAACGCUUUCGAGCACUCUAUUAUAUCGGCUGUGUCUCAGUUGGAAGCAGUGUUUCACUGCCAAGUCCAGUCAUAUGGGCCGAAGGCGAUACUGGCGUUGAAGGCGAUACUGGCGCUUAAGCACCAACUCAAAUCCAUAGAACCAUUGAAGAAAUUUGUUUCGCUAUUACGAGGGUUGGAGUAUCUUCAAAAGCAGCGCAUCCAGAAUUCUUCCAAAGGUCCGGAACUUUUAUCAGAAUCUUCUGGGACAUGCUCUAUUUCCAGCCCUUCAGCUUCGACCCGUGGAACAGUUUCUGAUAUCGAUUCUGUUUUGCCCUUCUCACAUCCUUCACCCGAUUCUGCUACAAAGUGUGGCUAUCCAAAUGAUACAAUGGCAGAAAAACGGCGUUAUAAGUGUUGCUGGAACGACUGUGGAAAGUUGUUUCGACGCAAACACGAUUUGGAUAGACACUACCGUUGCCACAAGCAAGACCGCCGAUAUCGUUGCACGGUGCCUGCUUGCGACAAGAGCUUCGUUCAGAGUAAUGCUCUUACAGUCCACUCGAGGACUCAUACUGGUGAGAGACCUUAUGUGUGCGAGUAUGAAAAUUGCGGCAGGUCCUUCUCCGACGCAAGUAUCUCACUAUCCAGUCUAGCUAAGUCAUAUAUUUGCUGA